AUGCUGCAGGCCGUCAAGCCCAAGAACGCUCGCUCGAAGCGCGCGCUCGAGAAGCGCGAGUCGAAAGAGUUUGAGAGUGCCAAGACAGCCAUCUUUGUUAAAGGUACCAAGACUUCCGAGAAGGUAAAUCUCGCUCUCGUGGAGCUUGCUGCGCUGAAAAAGCCUGACGCCAUGCCUUUCAACAAGCACAACGAUGUUUUGCCGUUCGAGGACGCGUCGAGCAUCGAAUUCUGGGGGCAAAAGAACGACGCGAGCUUGUUCGUUGUUGGAAGCAGUCAGAAGAAGCGCCCUGACAACCUCUGUUGGGUCCGCCUCUUUGACGGCCAAGUCCUUGAUAUGCUGGAAAUGGGCAUUGUGGACGCCACAAGCAUGAAGGAGUUCAAGACACCCAAGCCCAGCGUCGGCAUGCGCCCUAUCUUCCACUUUUCUGGCCCUGAGUUCGCGGCAGAGAGCACAGAGGGUGACCGCCUUGCGGCCGCCGGCGCUGAUCCCGAGCCAAAAGGCGCAUACCUGCACCUCAAGUCACUUCUGUUAGACUUUUACCGCGGCGAGGAGAUGAACCCUAAUCACAUUGCCCUCGGUGGCCUCGAGCAUGUCAUCUCUGUCAGCAUUUCGCCCCUUACGAACGGUGACAAGAACAAGGCUAGCAAUCCGAAGGCUGACGACCUUGCCAGCCUCUAUCGCGCUGCCGGUAUCUCCUCGCAGGUCACGGGCAGCAGCGCUGUGCAUCGUUGUCCCCCCUGCCUCAUUCAUUUCCGUGUAUACACUAUCAAAAUGAUUGCCUCUGGGACGAAGACGCCACGGAUCGAGCUAUCGCUUAGUGGUCCGUCGUUUGACUUUGAACUACGCCGCCGAUUGCCCGCUGGCGCUGAUCGCAUGACACAGGCACUCAGGCGCCCUAAGACCGCCGCAGAGAAGAAUACGCAGGGUAAGGGCAAGCGUAAGAACAUUGAUACCGAUGAAAUGGGCGACAUGGUGGGCCGUGUGCACUUGGGCCGUCAGGAUCUGUCUACGCUGCAAGUGAAGAAGAUGAAGGGUCUCCGUGGGCGUCCUCAGUUUGAGGAGGAAGACGAUGUGAACCCUGCAUUCGACGAUGAGGACGAGGAGGAUGCAUCAGAGGAUGAUGUCGAAUAA